UUGGGUGAGGCUUCGUAUCGAGGUGCGAAAUGAUUGACGGAUUGUUUUGACAAUGGUGGGGGCGGGGCACGAAGAAAGGUCCUGGUUUGCCUGGCAACCUGCAGCGGGCAAGGCUGGAUGAAACUCGCUACAGGGGGUGGCUGCGGGCUUGGCCAGCGCGCAUUAGCGAGCGCCGCCAGGUGGCAGACAGCUGGCGCACAGCUGGCGUGCCCGCUAAAGUCCAGCUGCACCCUCGCACUCCGGGCGGCUUCGCUGCUCCCCACCAUUCCGAGCAACAUCCCAUGCGCACGUGACUUUGGCCAAUCAGCGUCGGCCCAUUUCGGAACGAUGGAUUUUCUCUAUCAACUUCUCCCGCUGAGCCCUUUUGAACGCCCCGACCCGAGAUCGAUACAUCGCCGUCCUCACUUUUGAUUGCGGCUCACCCCCUGCGGCUUCGGUACAGCUUGCCAAUUAUGCUGGCAAGGUCGUGUCUGCGCCCGGCGCGCACCCUCAAUGGGCUUCGAAAUGCCGCCGUGAACGUCUCCAAGCGUGCUGCUUCAACAAGCUCUGGUGCCGAAGCUUCUCCCGCGCGCCUCAACAUCGCCGCUAUUGCUUCCACCACCCUCGCCGCCGGUUCUCUGGCCUGGUACUACCAUCUCUAUGGACCCGUGGCCUUUGCCUCGGCCCCUGCUGAGGAGGGUCUCCAUGCCACUCACUACCCUUGGGUUCACGAGCAGUUCUUCAAGACCUUCGAUCACCAGGCUCUUCGUCGUGGUUUCCAGGUCUACCGUGAGGUCUGCGCCAGCUGCCACUCCCUCUCUCGAGUCCCCUACCGAACUCUUGUCGGUACCGUCCUGACUGUCGACGAGGCCAAGGCUUUGGCCGAGGAGAACGAGUACCCCGACGAACCCGAUGAGCAGGGCGAGAUCCCCAUGCGACCCGGAAAGCUGGCCGACUACAUUCCUGCUCCCUACAAGAACGAUGAGGCUGCUCGAUUUGCCAACAACGGUGCUCUGCCCCCGGAUCUGAGCUUGAUCGUCAAGGCCCGCCACGGUGGCUGUGACUACAUCUUCAGCUUGCUCACCGGUUACCCCGAGGAGGCUCCUGCGGGUGUCACCGUUGCCCCCGGCAUGAACUUCAACCCUUACUUCCCCGGUACCGGCAUUGCCAUGGCUCGUGUUCUGUACGACGGCCUCGUCGAGUACGAGGACGGCACCCCUGCCUCCACCUCCCAGAUGGCCAAGGACGUUGUCGAGUUCCUCAACUGGGCUGCCGAGCCUGAGAUGGACGAGCGCAAGAAGAUGGGUAUGAAGGUUCUGGUUGCCACCUCGGCUCUGUGGGCUCUCAGCGUCUGGGUCAAGCGAUACAAGUGGGCCUGGCUGAAGUCCAGAAAGAUUACCUACGACCCUCCCGCGGAGACCAAGGUCCGCCGAUGAAGGAGGUUAUAAUUCCCUGUGUGCCUGUGUAUACUACUACUAGUUUCCUCCUUAGAAAAAAAAGCUCUUUUGUGCUGGCGGAGGCGGAUAAAAUGGAUUGGUCGUUUUUGUCAAGACGUGAUGCAUGUAUCUAUGUAUGUUGGUGGCUGGGUUGGCUGCCUCGGAGCUUUAAAGAAAAAAAAUUAGAUGCCGUUUCAAUACUAGUUUUAUAUUAUCUAUUGAGCCA